AUGAGUUCUCCAUCGCGCCGUCGCCAUCGUCACAAUCGGCAUUCAUCCUCAUCACCAAACGAGUACUCUGCCAGUGUAUCAAAACGUGUCAAACAAUCAACUGAUCAACAUGAUAAAAAUCAUCGUCGUAGUAGUGGAGAACGUGAUUCUGAUCGUCGUUAUACAUCGAUUUGUGUCAAAAAUAUAAGUCCAAAAAUUAGUGAUAAUGAAGUUAGACGUUUAUGUGAGAAAAAGUUUUCUAACUAUGGUCCAAAUACAAUAAAAAUUUAUUAUAAAAAUCAUGAACGUGUUGCAUUUGUUAACUUUACAAAUUGUGAUGAUGCUAAACACGCUCGACACGCUAAAAGUGGUCUUAUAUGGGAUAACUGGCAAUUAAUAAUCGAACCUGUUUACUAUCGUCGACAUUAUGCGCCUGACCAUCCGUUAUACGAUGUGCGUAAUAAGUAUUCACCGUCUCGUCCAGCACCAGAAAGAUCACAAGCCGCAUUUGCCAUGCGUGACAGUCCAUUUUUUUCAAAACCACGUUCAUCACCACACAAUCAUCGCAGUCAUCCGUACGCGCGUGCUGCUCCACCGCGUCGAUAUUCACCUAAUGUACCUUUGCCAUCCGGUUUAGAUGGUUUUGCAAGAAAGGAUUCACGUCGUCACCGUCGAGGUAGCAGUAAUUCAUCUCCUCGAUCGACACAUAGCAACAACAACAACAAUAAUAAUAAUGAUAAUGAUGAUAUGCAGAUAAAUAGUGAAGACCAAGAGGCAACAAGAACAAUAUUUGUAGGAAAUUUAGAGCGUGAUAUUACAGAAGAGCAACUACGGGACAUCUUUGAUAAUUAUGGUGUCAUUGAAGAAAUUGAUCUCAAAAUACCUGGAUCAUCAUCGAAACGUCCAUAUGCAUUUAUUCAAUAUCAAAAUCUUGAUAUGGCUUGUAAAGCAAAAUCACAGCAGGAUGGAAGAUUAAUUGGCAAAUCAGAAGCAAGGAUUGGCUUUGGUAAAGUUGUUCCAACAACAUGUUUAUGGGUUGGUAAUUUACAUCCUCAGUUGAAGCGACGUGAUUUAGAACAUGAAUUUGCACGAUAUGGUCAAAUUAAAUCAAUUGAAUUUAGUACUGGUGAUAAACAAGCUUACAUUGUCUACAAGGAUGUGGAAGAUGCUAUCAAAGCUCGGGAAAAACUGCGUGGUACAAGGAAAUUAGCACCCACGACCAAAAAACGUGUUUCAAGAUCGGGUUCAUCGACAUCAUCAACACGUUCACCUUCCCGUUAUCAGUUACGUAUCGAUUAUCAUGAAUCAAAUUCUUCACAUCAUUCAGUAGUUAGUAACAAAAAGUCAUCGCAUCAACAUCGAAAUCAUUCUGCAACAGAUAAAGUUUCAAAAAGAAAAGCGUCAUCAUCGAGUUCCGCUGCGUCGCAUACUUCGUUAUCAAAAGGAAUCCAAGGACAAAUUGAACGUGUCCGGUCUGUCACACCGCGUCAACGUUCCCCAUCACCGCGAUCACCUGUUUCGUUAGCGGAUGAAGAACAAGAAAGUAUAAAACAACAAACUAUAGACGAACCAACUUCACCGCAUAAGCGUCAUCGUUCCUCUUCACCAUCCCCAACAAAACGUCAACGAAAUAAGCGAGAACGAUCAUCGUCUCCUGGUCGAACAACGUACGGGCCAUUUAGUGUUUACAUUUCUCCUCAUGCUACAAGUAAUUUAACGAAAAUGAACGACUUCAUCAUAUUAUGUGAACAAUUGAACGAAGAAUCAGUACAAUCAACAAAAUCAUUGUCAACAGUUUACCCAGUACAAUUCUUACUCAAAUCACACCAUUAUGAUGCAAGAAUGCAUUUCCUAGCAGGAAAUCCACAAAUUUGUGUCAAUGUUUUAGGCCAACCAGGGGAUUUAGUAGCAGCGAAAACGGAAUUAAAAGUGACUCAGCGUUUACGUUUAGAUCCAACCAAAUUAGAUGAUUUAGAAAGCAAACUUCGUUCAAAUUCAUUUGGUUCAAGUAAAAAUAAUAAGAAUGUUAAUGGAACAACAUCAACACGAAAAACAUCACCGUCAACAGCAAAUUUUGCUAUUCUUGUAUCAUCACCAAGAAAGAAAACACCAAAUGAUGAUGUCGGCGAUGAAACAAAAGCCUCAUCCUCAUCACCAGCACAUGAAGGUGAUGAAAACAAGCAAUUAUCACCUGAUUUCUGCGAAGGAAAAUCAUUAUCGUUGUUAAUAACGUAUUUAGCAACAAAAGAAGCAGCUGGUGUUAUUUCCAUUCAAUAUCAUCCAUCAACAUCGACUUUCCAACAGCAAUUAAAAGAACAAACAGCUGUCUUGCAUGCAUUCCCACCAUGCGAUUUUAGUAAAAAAUUGCUAAGAGAAGUAUGCCCAUUAAUGUCGUUUGGCGGUGGUAGUGCAGGUCCUGCGACACCACGAUCUGAAGUUGAUGAAUACGUAAAUGAUGAACAUUUACUUGUAGUUAUUGUUAAAAAUGAUUGA